AUGAGCAAGAUCAGCGAUAAACAUUCAACUGCCUCCGAGGGGUCCCCUUUCCCUGAGAAGGAAGUGGGAGACCUCGAAGCGGGCUCUACAGCGAUCAGUUCUCCCGAGCCGUCCCUCGAGGCCGAUAUAGAUCCAAAUCUCGUCACUUGGGAUGGGCCCGAGGACCCAGAGAAUCCCAAAAACUGGCCUAAAGGUCUGAGAUGGAAGAACACCUGGGCCGUCUCUUUCUUUGUCUUCAUCUCGCCCGUGUCGUCGUCUACCAUUGCUCCCGCCAUGGACGAUCUCGCCAAGUCCCUGGGGAUGCGCACGGAAAUUGAGAUAUACCUGUCCUUAAGUAUCUUUAUUCUCGCCUACGCCAUUGGCCCAAUCUUCUUCGGUCCGGCGUCGGAGCUCUACGGCCGGGUACGUUUACUUCAGGUCAGCAACAUGUGGUAUCUGGCCUGGAAUCUGGGAUGCGGUUUCGCCACGACCAAGGCCCAGCUUCUUGCUUUUCGUUUCCUAGCCGGUAUCGGUGGCAGUGCACCGCUGGCUAUUGGGAGUGGAGCCAUCAGCGAUAUGUGGACAGCGGAAGAACGUGGCAAGGCCAUGGGUGUCUAUACUCUGGGACCGCUUCUGGGACCCGUGAUCGGACCGAUUGCUGGCGGGUUUAUCGCUGAGUAUUCAACCUGGCGCUGGGUAUUCUGGGCCACCUCCGCCGCUGCCGUCGCAGUGCAGGCUGUUGGAUUCUUCUGGCUACGGGAGUGCCACCCGGGCACGCUUCUACGGAAGCGACGCGACCGUCUCGCCAAGGAAACAGGCAACGAGAACCUCCAUACCGCAGAGAGGGUUGAGACACUGGGCUACAAGCUUCUUCAUGCCUUUGAACGACCGAUGCGGAUGUUCACAACGCAGGCCAUCAUCUUCUGUAUGGCUAUCUACAUGGCCUACCUCUUCGGAAUCACGUAUCUGAUGCUUGCAACCUUCCCGGAGAUCUGGACCGAGGUCUACCACGAGAGUUCGGGAAUCGGCGGUCUCAACUAUCUCUCGAUUGCCAUUGGAUCCUUCGCCGGGCUCUUCUUCAACCUCAAGCUUGUUGACCGCAUGUACAAAAGCCUCAAAGAGCGGAACAACGAGGUCGGUAAGCCCGAGUUCCGCAUGCCGUCGUUGGCCGUGGGCUCGGUGAUCAGCACCAUCGGGCUCUUCUGGUACGGCUGGAGUAUUGGGAACACGCACUGGAUCAUGCCUAACAUUGGCGCGCUACUCUUCGCCAUGGGUACGAUUUCCUGCCUGCAGGGCAUGCAGAUGUACAUUGUCGACAGCUACCAAACCUACGCGGCCAGCGCCAUGGCUGCCUGUGCGGUGCUUCGCAGUCUGUGCGGCUUCGGAUUCCCACUAUUUGCCCCGUACAUGUACAGUGCCCUGGGUUAUGGAUGGGGCACCAGUGUGCUGGCCUUCAUCACCAUAGCGAUCGGGUGGGGGACGCCGUUUGCCUUCUGGCAUUUUGGUCCCCAGCUCCGUGCUAUUUCCAGAUAUGCCGCGGGCUAA